ACCACGUGGUUCAUAUUCUUUACGCGGUCGAUAGGUUUGAGAGGUACUUGGGUUUCUAACCUCUUUCUAAUAGUUAUUCCGCGAAUUGUUGUGUGAACAAAAAAGCCGUUUAAUUCAUACAAGAUGACUGAAGAAAAAGUCGAAGUUGAUUGUGUGCUAAGACCAAUGAACUGUGAAAUUAAUUUACUGUCAAGAUCUGAUGGUUCUGCAAUGUUUAUGCAAGGUGAGACUACAAUUAUCGCGGGCGUAAACGGACCCAUAGAAACAAAAACUCAAAAAAUGUUGUACGACAGAGUUUCUAUAGAAGUUACAUAUACACCUCACAAGGGACCAGCCAAGGUGGAUGAUAGAUUAAUUGAAGCAUAUAUACGAGAGACUUGUGAAUCUGCUAUAAUGAUUACGCUUCAUCCUGGUGCUGCGCUAUGCAUCAAUUUACAAGAAAUGCAAGAACAUGGUGGGUUACUAGCCUGUGCAAUUAAUGCGUCAUGUCUGGCAUUAAUGAAUGCAGGAUUUUCCAUGAAAUAUGCUGUAGCAGCUGUAAGUUGCAUGAUUGAGAAAGAAACGAAAAAAAUUAUCAUUGAUCCUGACAACAUACAGUUAGAGAAUGCAAAGUCGGCAUUUACAUUUGCAUUUGACAGUAUCGAGAAGGAUAUCGUAUGCUGCCAUACCGUCGGUAGGUUCUCGCAAAGCGAGUUCUUAGCUUCCAUGGAUAAGUGCAGGCAGGCCAGCCAGUAUGUGUUUGAUUACUAUAGAAAAGUCACAAAAAAGUAUGCAAAUGCAAUAUAAUUUUUUUUUUUACUUUAACGCUCUAUAUUUACUUUAUUAUCAGUCCGAUUUUAUAACCCAUUUCCGUGCGAAACUCAUCUUGCCCCAUUUUUCCAUCGCCUUUUCACUCAACUACAUUAAACUGUCACGAUUUGACAAUGUUGAUUUUAUCAAUAUAUAGAUGCAUCUUUGAUUGAAUGUAUCUACUGUUGUCAAAAACAUGAAUUUUAGGGUAAAAAAGUCCGAGUGUCUUAAAUUUAACCAUUUUUUUGUAUUUUUUGUAUUUAUAUGAUAAUAAUAAUUUAAUAAUAUUAGCUACAAAACUGUUGUAUUUUUUGAUAUAUCAAAAGAACGAGUAUUCGAAAUAAACAAUUGUUCUCUAUUGUACUAGUUGCAGGAAAUUUUCAUGAACGCAUGGGCAUUCAAUAUUCUUCAAACCUACUUUAUCGACUGUACAUAAGACCAUGUUGUUAUUUAAAACUCUUUUUAUAUUAGUAAAACGUCAUGCUCUUGAUUAUA